CCUCACGUCCAUUCGUUUGUUGAGGUCAAAACACUGCAUUACGAAAGUUUCAGAGACUUGCCGCUUUUAAAAAGUAGAAAGGUUAAUUUGCCUCAAAAUGUUACCCAAAGCAUCAGAGACAUUCUACAUGAAAUGAAGCCAGAGAACAAAAAAAUACGUCUCAACACUAGCUACAAUACGGUAGAGAUUGACAUCAAUUAUGGCUCUAAAAUAUGUCAGUUGACAUGUUCAGCUUUCAUCGCAGUAGUCCUACUUGCAUUUGAAGAAGUCGAUGAGUUAAGCUAUGAAGAGAUAAAACAGAAAACCGGAAUCAGCGAUUCUAUAUUGAAAUCGAGUAUUGCUUCAUUAAAACGUGCUGGGCUUGUGCAUAAUUCACAAGGGCUAAUAAAGUUCAUAACCAACCCAGGCUCUCUAGGGCCUUCUUUGCUAAUAACGUAGAAAUAUAUAAAAGUUUUGAAACUGCUAACACU